AAGGCUACAAUUUCUAAAUGUUUUUCAUCACUUUCUUUUCACAACUUAUAGCUAUUUCCACGGAAAAGAAAAUAUGGGUGUGAAAGGCAAGUUAACCGCUUCAAUAGAAGUGGAGUGUGGAGGACACUUGUUUCAUGACCUUUAUCAAAAGAAUCCUCAUCAAAUAUCGAAUAUAAGCCCUAAUAACGUCAAUCAUUUUGAGAUUCAUGAAGGUGAAACCGUAAAGGUUGAUUCGAUUGUUAGUUGGAAAUAUAAUGAAGACGGAACAAAUAAGAUUGUUAAGGAAGUGAUUGAAGCGAUCGAUCUUGAGAAGAAAUCAAUCACCUGGAAAGUGAUUGAAGGAGAUCUGCUAGAGUUAUACAACUCCUCUAUUAUUACAUCCUUUGAAGACCUGUGGGCUACAUGUACACUUGUGUAUGAGAAAAAAACCGAAGACACUCCAGAGCCUCUUGUUACCUUGGGUUUUAUGAUUAACUUGUACAAAGAUAUGGAGGGUCACUUUCUCAACUAACACAAGAUCUUUAGUAUCCGAAGACUCAUAGCAUUGAAUAUGUGUUAUAUAUAUGUGUGUGUACACACAUGAUGCACACAUAAAUAUAUUUGUGUUUCUAUGUCUAAGUUUGUGUUAUAAAGGUGUGUUAUAUUUUGUAAUAAUGGCUAGUUCUAGCUAGUAUAUGAAAUAAAUAAUGUUGUAUUGAGAAUAAAUUAUAUGGCAGUCCCCUGUGGAUGUAUUUUCGCUGUUCAGUAUAAAUUAUUAAUAGAAGUUAUAUACUUUCAUUUGAA